CUCCUCCCGCUGCCACGUGGGUCCCCAACCAAACGCUCCCCACUGUUCCGUCUGGAGUCCAAGAAGAGAUCUCCCCGCACCGGCAAACCCGAGCGAGGGAGAAAUCGAAAAGGAGGAGAAGCUUCGAGAAUGUUCCGGAACCAGUACGACACCGACGUGACGACAUGGAGCCCCGCGGGGCGGCUCUUCCAGGUGGAGUACGCGAUGGAGGCCGUCAAGCAGGGCUCCGCCUGCGUCGGCCUCCGCUCCUGCACCCACGCCGUCCUCGCCGCCGCCAACAAGGCCGCCUCCGAGCUCUCCUCCCACCAGCGCAAGGUCUUCCGCGUCGCCGACCAUGCGGGGGUAGCGCUCGCGGGGCUCACUGCCGACGGCCGCGUCCUGUCCCGGUUCCUCCGCUCCGAGUGCAUCAACCACGCCUUCGUCUACGACGCGCCGCUCCCGGUCUCCAGGCUCGCGCUCCGCCUAGCAGACAAGGCGCAGGUUUGCACACAGCGGUCAUGGAAGAGGCCAUAUGGUGUUGGCCUCCUUGUUGCCGGACUGGAUGAGUCUGGAGCUCAUCUCUAUUAUAACUGCCCCAGUGGGAAUUACUUUGAGUACCAGGCAUUUGCUAUUGGUUCUCGCUCUCAGGCUGCCAAGACUUUCCUUGAGCGCAGAUUUGCAGGCUACAACAACUACACCCCAGAGCAACUCAUCAAGGAUGCUCUCUCCGCCAUAAAGGAAACACUGCAAGGUGAGAAACUGACCAGCUCCAACUGCACUGUCGCCAUCGUUGGCAGAAAGGACGAUGGCACCAUCGAGCCAUUCGAGAUGAUUGACGCGAAGAGGAUCCAAGAAAUAAUUGACUCCAUGGAAGCCGCCGAUGAGGCACAAGCAGAGCCGAGCUCCAUGCAGGAGGAGGACAAGGGUUCCAAUGCCGCGCCAAUGGACAUCUAGGCCUCCAAUACUUCAUCUCGAGCCUUACAACACAAUUCUUAGUUUGCAAAGACUCACUGUUUUAGAAAGUUAGUGACUCUUGUCUACUCUUGCUUCCAUGCUCCAACUUUGUGAGUCUCUUUGACGAACUACCUGGGUUUGGAGUUGGACCGCUUGUUUAUCACGCGAUGCAAACAAAAUAUUUUGGUUCCGGGUACCAACUUAAUUUUGCCUAUCUA